GCCGGAUUGAACAGGUCAGUAAUGACCCGGCGAGCGACUCGCGGUGCUCGCGUCUCCGUCGUUUUGACACCCUGUCAUCUAAGCUGUGGUGUCUGGAUUGCUGAAUCCCACCAUAACCAGAGAGUUGAUGUCGUACCCCCUGGUGUGCCAUUGGUUGCAAUUCGCUGCCACCAAAGCAGCACAGCCCAGGACUGCUGGAUUCUGGAACACCGCAAGAACCAUGGCCUGAGAUGGCCUCCGCCGCAAGAAGCAUUUUCCCUUCCUCGUUCAGAACCAUAUUCUGAUGCGUUUGUUUCCAUUCCAUCGUCCAUGUAUUUGGUAUCUCUACAGCAGCUGAGACUGAAUGACAAAAAGCAACUUGGCAUACUUUUGAAAGACCACAUUCGCCAUUCGGUGGUCACGAGUCUCCCGCACAUCAACAACCACUGCUUCGCUUCCUUCCGCACCUUCUUUCGUGAUUCCAUCGAAAACAGUUCACCAGCCACGUCAGCUCUCCCCAGCUUCGAUGCGUCGUUCCGUGGAAACUCCUAG